AUGGCUAAAUUCCAUCCUCCGGAGAACUUAAGGUUUCACGCGCCAAACGAAUGGCCGGAAUGGCGCCAACGCUUCAUCCGAUAUAGACAGGCCACUAAACUGGACUCGGAAGCCGGGGGAAUACAAGUAUCUGCUCUGAUUUAUGCUAUGGGAAAGGAUGCAGAACAUAUAUUUUCUACCUUUAAGCUAUCCACAGCAGAUGCUAUGGCAGAAAAUUCAGAAGGUGAGCCCGAGGCAGAGAAUUUUGACGUUGUUAUUGCUAAGUUUGACGAGUAUUUCAUUCCAAGGAGGAAUAUUAUUCAUGAAAGGGCAAGAUUCCGUCAACGUCGACAGAUACCUGGAGAAUCAAUUGAGACUUUUUAUAGAAACUUAGUGGAACUUUCAGAAAAUUGUGAAUUCACCAACAAGGAGGAAGAGAUAAGAAAUGCUAUUGUAAUUGGAAUCGCCGACAGAGAUUGCUCAUUAAAACUCCAAUUAAAAGCCGACUUGACCCUGAAAACAGCAUUAGAGAUUGUUCGCAGUACGGAACUGAUCAAAUUACAAAACAGUACUAAUCCAAGUGUUGCAAACGUGAGUGAAGUGGAGAAAGGAAAUAGACAAGCCAGAGGUAAACCCAGAGGUCAAAACAGUCAACAAAGAGGUCAGCCCAGACGAUGUGGACAAUGUAACCAUAUACUAGACCGCAGACAUGCAACAUGCCCAGCACAAAACAAAAAGUGUAAUAAAUGCCAUAGAAUUGGACACUUUGGUGUCGUGUGUCGGAGCACUCGUACUUUUAAAAGCAGUGCUAGUAAACAAAUGGGUAGUGUUCAUGAAGUUAUUGCAGAUGACACUGAUGAUGUAGAAUGUUUCCUUGGAUCAUUGUUUACAGAGAAUAGUAGUAAUGAUUCAGAAUGGAAUGUUAAAUUAGACAUGAAUGGUCAGUCUGUAGAUUUCAAAAUAGAUACAGGGGCAGAUACCAGUGUAAUUAGUAAGGCAAUGUAUGAAAGUCUAAAGCCAAGUCCCACACUCUCUCCCACCACAGUAGUGUUGAAUAGUCCAGGUGGAAAAUUAACCAACAUUGGCAAGUUUGUAGCAAAAACAAAAUUUAAAGAAAAAAUGUAUACAUUUACUGUACAUGUUGUCAGAGAGAAUGUGAGGAACUUGCUUGGAAGAAGUGCUUGUGUUGACAUGGGUUUAGUAACUAGAGUGUUACAGGCAGAUUCAGUUGGUACACUUAAGAGUGACCCAGUACAUAUUAAGUUGAAAGAUAGUGCAAAACCAUAUAGUGUUAGUGCAACCAGACGAGUCCCUGCGGUGGCCCACAAGUGCACUCCAAAUUCCAAACGACACUCCCAAUUCUAA